ACUACAGUUUUCAAUUUUUCGUAUCGUCGUGUGUCGGCGUCUUCUACUAAUCAGCUUUUGUGGCAUAAGGAUUUUUGUUAUGUGCUUAUUACGUUGACUUGUGUAUAAAGUUUGGUUCAAUUAAUUUUUCACUGAAAGUUUUAGAUAUUUGAAUGAAAAUGGCUUCUAAAGUUAAAGUGUUAACAUUGUUAAGUAUUUUAGUAAUUAAUUUUUGUACUUGUGUUCAAUCGGAAGGAGAAACAUUAGUUCUUCUAGACAAUUUAGCAAUUAAGGAAACACAUUCUAUGUUUUUUAAAUCCUUGAAAGAUCGUGGAUACACUUUGACCUUCAAAUCAGCAGAUGAUGCCAACCUAUUAUUAUCUAAAUAUGGAGAGUACUUGUAUGAAAAUCUUAUAAUUUUUGCUCCAUCAGUAGAAGAAUUUGGGGGAGCAGUCAGUGUCGAAGCGAUUGCUGAAUUUAUUGACGGUGGAGGUAAUGUAUUGGUUGCUGGAAAUUCCUUAUCUGGUGACAUUCUGCGAGAAUUGGCAUCAGAGUGUGGGUUUGAAAUUGAUGAAGAAGGAUCUUCUGUGAUUGACCACCUAAACUACGAUGCUAAUGAUGACGGAAAGCACACCCUGAUCGUGGCUGACCCUGCCCAUCUGAUAGACGCGCCUGUCAUAGUCGGCUCAAAGGAGAUCCCCCCACUGCUGUACAAGGGAACAGGACUCAUUGCUGACCAGCGCAACCCUCUGGUACUCCGACUGCUGACAGCAGACAGCUCGGCCUACUCGUACCCCGUCGACAAACCCAUCAAAGUGUAUCCUCAUGCUGUGGGAAAGAACACAUUGCUCAUCGCAGCACUUCAGGCACGAAACAACGCUCGUAUUGUCUUCUCUGGAUCUCUUUACUUUUUCUCAGAUGAAGCUUUCACUUCUCCAGUUCAAAAGGCACAGGGUGGCAAACGGUGGGAGGUGUCGGGCAACCGGCAAGUGGCGGACUUAUUGAGCAAGUGGUUACUGAAGGAGGCGGGAGUACUGAGGGUCAAGUCUGUGGCCCACCACCGAGUUGGCGAGAAAGCUCCCCCCUCCUCUUACACCAUUAUGGAUGACGUUGUAUUCUCCCUGGAGCUGGAAAGAAAGCAGGGCAGCCAGUGGGUACCUCAUGAUGUGGACGAUGUUCAGCUAGAAUUCGUGCGUAUUGAUCCAUUUGUACGCACACGAAUGGUGCGUAAGGCCCCUGGCAGGUAUGAGGCAGUGUUCAAGAUACCUGAUGUUUACGGGGUGUACCAGUUCAAGGUCAACUACCACCGCAUGGGCUACACAGCGCUGUAUAACUCGACUCAGGUAUCGGUGAGGCCUCUAGAACACACCCAGUACGAGAGGUUUAUAGCCAGUGCUUACCCGUACUAUGCCAGCGCCUUCUCUAUGAUGGGUGGGGUGUUUCUCUUCAGCAUUGUCUUUCUCCACUACAGGGAUGAUGUCAAGACAAAGAGCGAUUAAAGACUGUAUAAUUUCAUUCUUAAUUUUAUUGUAGCACUAGAAUUAUUAAUUUUGAAUAAAGACUUUUCUUAUUGA